GAAUCGGGGUGUCGUUUGUAAACGCUUCUGAAUCGUAGAGACAGAAUUACGCCUAGAAAGGCAAGGACGGGACAGAAAUAAGCUGAACUAAUAGCUUGGCUUUGGGGUUUCCACGAAAAAAAAACGAGUUUAAAGUCGCUGAUAAUUAGCGGACUCAGGCGGAGCGCUGCUGCGCAUGCGCGGGACGUCAACGGGGAAACAAACUUCGACAUCGACAGGCUCCAUCAGCUUCACCAUGGAGGAGGAAGAAGCCCCCGUAGAUGGCGAGGUGGAGACCCCGUCUGCAGAGACCUACGCCGCUGAGGCCUACGCCGCUGAGGCCAUGGCUGCAGACAUGGACCCUUGGAUCACGUUCGACUCCAGGAGAACCCCGAGGUCCGAGUUCGAAGGCUGGCUGGAGACCUACAGACCCUCUCAGGUGUGCAGGUUUGGGGACGAGGAAGGCCGGGCCAACGCCGUGGGGUGGAUCGCCGUCUACGGCCCGACCUUCUGCCCCGGCAGUGGGGACGUGUCAAGUCUCCAGGAGAGCUGGGAGAAACUUUUGGCUGGCUCCAGGCCCGUCAAUUUCCAGACGGUCAAGGAGCUGGCCCUGAACCACGGCGUGCUCACGGGCAAGUGGCUCAUGCACUUGGACUCGGGUUUCAAGGUAGAUCACGCAUGGGAGUGCGUGGCCAGGGCCACAGUGGAAGGAAAGAUCUCCUCCGUUAAGGUCAGCCCGUAUAAUCCCAAGAGCGACGCCAAGCAGGUCAUUUGUGCCUACAAUGAGAACUUCACGGAUGAGAGCGAGGUCAUGAGGCUGGAUUCGGUCAUCCGUGCCACGGGGGUCAAGUGCCCCCUCUCCUACAAGCCGGACGUGUACUCGUACCUGGGGAUCUACAGGAACAACCGCUGGAAGAUGUGCCCCACCAUAUACGAGAGCAAAUUCGACCUGGAGUGCGUCCCCAGGCGCUCGCACAUUAUCAACAAAGUCACCAACCUGGAGGUGACAUGAGUGGAUGGAGGACUGGCCGUGCAUCCCAGCUGCUGGGCUGUGCAGUACUGACAUUACUGUGUUCAGUGUUCACCUCCAGUUCUUCCUUUCUUGCUAAAACAAUCUUGGCUUUCUGAUUUUUAACUGACCUCAGUGGUGGGUUUGUUUUGGGUUUUUUUUGUACCAAGUAGAGAAGAACUGUCAAAAAUUCUUUCAUUUCUACGCAGUUUUAUGCAGUUCCAGUUUCUUUUCUACGUGGUCCUCGUUUCAGUUUUGUGCUGAACCACAGUUCCAGAGUUGCCAAAUAAAAGUCAAGCUUUGAAGUCCA